UCGCGCCGGCAGUGUUCGGUCCCGCUUUGUCCUGGCAGCAAGCAGCUAGCUCCCCGCUCCUGCAAGACUCGAAGCGAGAGACACAUUUUGCCCUCAGUGCCGCCCUGCGUGCAGCCACUUGCUAUUUGUGCUUAGACUCUCGGUGUCCUGGAAAGCAGAUCGGCCGCAUCCGUUCCGGCAGGUGCUGACUAACAGGCGCACGAGCAUCUUUAUUUGCUGUCCAAGGAGCUGGAUACAUUUCGAAUAGCGAUGACUUGGAAGGAAACCCCUGCAGCUGCCUGUUAAGCGCCUGCACGAUGAAACGCGAGCCAAUGUUGGCCAGCCUGCUGGUGGUGGUGCUCGCGGCGUCCAAUUCCGCCCUAAGUCUCGACGCUGGCGUGUGCCACCGAGCGCUCGGCAUGGAGGAGGGACAUAUUCCAGACGAGGCCAUUUCUGCCACGUCGUCCUUUGACGUCAAAUCCGUCGGACCGCAGAACGCAAGGGUCCGGCAAGAGAAGAACGGAGGCGCCUGGUGCCCGAAAGAGGUCAUCAGCAGGUCGGUGCGCGAGUUCCUCGAGGUCAAGUUGCCGUCCGAGCACCUGGUCACGCACCUCGAAACCCAGGGCCGCUUCGGUAACGGCCAGGGGCAGGAGUUCGCCGAGGCCUACCUCGUCGAAUACUGGAGAGACACGCUGGGCAGAUGGGUCCUCUACAGAGACGCCAGAGGAGACAAGGUGCUUCCGGGCAACACUAACACCUACAUCGCCAACAAAAAUGAGUUGGAAGUACCCUUCGUGGCCUCGAGGGUGCGCUUCAUCCCCUUCAGCGAGCAUCCCCGCACGGUCUGCAUGCGGGUUGAACUUUUCGGGUGCGCCUGGAACGAGGGCCUCGUGAGCUACUCGGCCAACAGGGCUGGCUCGCACAGCUCCAUCGACUCGGAGCCGGAUCCUCUCGAGGACAUCAGCUACGACGGCCAGAUCGAGCGCAGAACCAUGUCCGGAGGCCUGGGACAGCUCUCAGACGGCAGGUUUGGACCUGACGACCUCAACAUUGACGUCUCUACUGAAGCUUACAGAUGGGUCGCAUGGCUUAACGACAGUCUAGGAGGACACCCGCUGGAAAUCACAUUCGAGUUUGAUGGUCUUCGUGAAUUCACAGCUGUUCACUUGCAUGCCAGCAAUUCCGUGACCCGAGGCGUACAGAUCUUCUCUCACGCCUUGAUUUACUUCGGACUGGACCCAGAGCGGUUCCAAGCCAACGCGGUGCACGCGGCGCCCAAGUUCCUCAACAUGACAGUCAACGACACUUCACGAAACAUCACUAUUCCAUUGUCUCGCCGCCUCGGCCGCUUCGUCAAAGUGCAACUCGUUUUUUCAGCGCCUCUCAUCCUCCUCAGCGAAAUCUCGUUUGAUUCAGCUCUGGUGGACACCAACAUAACAGACGAGCUGUUUGAGGAGUUCUACGGGCAGGAGAGCCAGCUGGACUACACGAUGCGGCCACCGCUGAGCAACCUCAACCCGGACAACGUGCAGAAAAAGUCAGGCGAAACGACCCACGCGCGCAAGGAGGUGUCACCCGCGAGUAGUGCUCCGAGCGAGCAAGCGUACAUCGGCUUGGUGACGGGCGUGCUGGCCGUGCUGGCCAUCCUGCUGGGCUCUGCCGUUGGACUGGUGAUCAGGCGCACGCGCAAAAAGGACCUGCUGCACACGGCCCUGAAGGGUCCGUUGCCGGACAAAAGGGCGACCAUCAACAUGCGCGACCUGCGCAUGAGCAUGAGCCUCACGCCGAUCAGCACGGGCCUCGUGACCAACAACAGCACCGCCAACCCCAACACGCUGAGCAAGAAGAACGGGGCACCCGGUGGCCCCGGCGGCCUCUACGGACACGUGGUGGGCGACGAGACGGACAGCGAGACCUCGUCCGUCUACCACGAGCCGUUCAAACUGCCCAACAGCAAGCAGGAGUACGGCUGCUUGCUCAAGAAGGACAACCUCAGCAAAUCCGGCGAGUACACGGCAGAUUUCACCAGCGUGAACAGCUUCCAAGAAGAGAUCAAGUACUCGUCGCAGUCGUUUUACUGCCUCACUCAACCCCUGAGGCCUCCCACCAAUUCAGCCACCUUCCCUGCCCCCACGAAGCAGACCCCCAGCAAACAAAAGACCCCUGGCACGCCCGCCUCCAGCAAAACUCUGCAAGGCCCCGUCUCGGCGAAUUUGCCGCCCACCGCGCCCCAGGAGAAUUUCUACGCCGCAACUGAUAUUGUCAAGACGGAGCGCAGGGAGCAACAUUUCACGCCGGGCCGCUUUACGCCGCUGCUGCUGCCCGAACAAACUCCGGCUGGCGCACAAGAGAGUCCCGUGUUCGAAUUCCCCCGGCACAGACUGAGACUGCUGGAAAAACUUGGAGAGGGAGCCUUCGGCAUGGUGCAUCUGUGCGAAGCCGACGCCGUGCCCGAGUGCGGCGGCAAACGUCUAGUCAUCGUCAAGUCCCUGUGGCGCGGCUGUCCUGAAAGCAACAAGCAAGAGUUCCUGAGGGAGAGCAGGCGGCUUGCCUGGGCGCUGCGGGACCCGAAUCUGGCGCGGGUGGUAUCGCUCUGCACCGCCGAGGAGCCCAUCUGCUCCUUGAUCGAGGCACCAGAGCUCGGCGACCUGCCCACCUUCCUAAAGGAGGGCUCCGAGCCCAACGCACCCCAUCCAGUCAGCUACGGAUGCUUGAUCUACUUCGCGACGCAAAUAGCGUCCGGCAUGAAAUACCUCGAAAGUCUGGGUAUCGUACACCGAGACUUGGCCGCCAGGAAUUGCUCAGUGGGACGAGGCUACAGCAUUAAAAUUUCGGACCACGCCAUGUUCUGCAAUCGCUACGAGGCAGACUACUACGUCAGCGACACAAAGGCCAGACUUCCUAUCCGGUGGAUGGCCUGGGAAAGUCUCCUCCUGGGCAAACACUCGUGCAAGAGCGACGUGUGGUCGUUCGCGGUGACCCUGUGGGAAGUUCUACAGUUGGGUGGCGGACGGCCGUUCGCCGAGCUGACCAACGAGCAGGUGGUGGAGAACUGCAGUCACUGGUACCAGGACAACGGCCACCAACGGCUCCUGUCACGGCCGGCCGCGUGUCCGCGCGAAAUCUACGACCUGCUGAACGAGUGUUGGAGGCGGCACGAGGCUGAGCGGCCGCGCUUUUCCGAGAUUCACCUCUUCCUGCAGCGCAAAAACCUCGGAUUUGUGCCUCCACCCACGCUGGCCUGAGCUGACUGACUGACAAACUCGACGUUUUGCGCAAAAAAAGUGGGAAAUUGUGUAUUGCGCUUAAUCACGCGCGUCUUGUGCCACUUUUACUUUUGAAACUGUCAUCUCUCUGAGUGCCUGUCCUAUGAUAGUCUUUCUACACACAAACUCUCUUCUUCUCUCGUGUCCCUUUGCGCGCAGAGCGGCCACUUUUCCGUUCGCUACUCUCCUCCAUCCUAAAUUCGGUGUGCACUACGACGCAUACACGUACUCUGCGUAAGGACCUCUCUUGUGGAUCUCGUCAUCAGUUCGCGGCGAACGCUGAUUAACAAUUAUUAUUUCUUUCCAUUAACAAAAGUGAUGUGAUAAAAGUGUAAGAGCGUCGUUUCUCCUGAUGGACUGCUUUCAAAUUUAGAAAAGGAAAAGUGUGGAAUUUUUUUUGCAGCGCCCUUGCACGUUGGAAACUUUUGCUUUCGAUGGCAAAGAAGGAUUAAGAGUGGGUGGAUAAAAAGCCCAUUUCAAAGUUUCGCCCUUCCUUUACGUUUACCCAAUCACCGAAAUGGGCGCUGCGAACUUUCUGUUGGAUAUUAUAUCAUCUGUGAAAUAACCCUUCCUUAGGAUUUAGUGUUUGCUUGGAUUUUCUUUUGAAUCUAGAAAAAAACGCAAAGAGUGGACCAAAAGGAUUUUGGUUUCUAACAUAAACCGAGCUGGGCGCUGUGGUCAUCCAUUUUAUCAUUCUUCUCAUGAGACACAACGAACACAAAGUAUGCUACAUAUAAUUAUAAUCCGAUUUGAUUUCAUUGAGCAUCAAAGUGUUAUUGCGCUUGACAGACACGGAGUGAUUGGGAAAAAAGGAACGAGUGUGGAAUUUAAAUUUAAGCGAUUUCAAACAAACUACUUUACUAAUCACAUAGAAGAGAGCAACAAAAUCGGAAACGAUGAAAUAUAGAAUUGACUGACAAUCCUGUAUCGAUGAUUUGAGAGUACUCGCGCCCCCUAACAGACACGUAGCACAUGAAGCAGAGCAGAGGCCCAGGCAGACAGGAUUCUAUCGGCGAUCUCUCAGGAUUUCGACACUAAAGCUCAAUCCAAUUCCAGUGUUAAGGGCGAUGGGCCUAUUUUAAGGUCGAAUCCGCGUAGUUCAGUUCCCAUUCACGUUUUCUCGAUAGAGGUUAGGUUUAGAAGACGAUUUCCGUUUCCUUUUUCUCAGCACGUAGAGCGAUGAUGGGUUUCAAUUUAUCAACCGCAUUUAGCAAACAUGUUCACACUCCUGACUGUUCUUGUUGUGUGAAAAAAAAUCGAGGAAGAAUUACGAGCUGAUCGCAGUUACCGAAAGUUUUAUGACACAAGCUCGGAAACCAAAAGGGUAUAUGUCUUUAAAAUGAGAUUUAUCUUGAAAUGGUAGCUAGAUGUGUGACAGGCAUUUAUUUUUCGAAUCGGGGGAAUGCUGUGCAAUUUGAAAGAAUUCAGAAUGCUCAAUUAAUUUGGAAAAUAGCGAAAAUAGAAGUUGAUUAAUUUUAACCAAACCAGGAAGUUGUAGGAAAGGUGUUAGUUUCAAACGACCGCACCCUGAAUAUUGAUUUGUUUUUUUCUUUAAAUUAAUGGUGUCAAAAAUCAAUGAUUAUGUCUCAGCUCGGGUUUCUAACGUUUAAGGUGUUGAUAAAAUAAAUAUCGAAUAAGUCUUGUGGUGGGAAUGAAAGCGAUUAAGUGAGAUGAUCUGUAACUGUACAUACACAAAUACAAUAUUAUGUUUAAGAAAAGGUCUAAAAUUUUUAAAUAAGAUGUUCCAUUAUUUUUACGACGAAUUCUCACUGAUUUAACUAUUCUGUGUGCAGUGAAUAAACGGCAAAUCGAGAUAGCACGUCCUGCAUUGAAGAAAUUCAGGAUUUGGAUCGAUUUUCUGUUUAGCUAAAGCUGCCAGUGAUCUGAUAUCGCCGCUGUAACUUGUAAAAUACGAAAUAGAUGUACUUUUGGAACCCACACCGCAUUCGUUUUGUAAAUAAACGCCGUGCAUCUAAGAUAGGGAUAUAACACAAAUAACGAAUCGAGACUACAGUAGUUCCCUCUGAUAGAGUUGGUUCUGUCGAUACAUGAUCUUCCUCCUCUUGUAUUUUCAUACUCGAUCACCUGGUUAAUUCUGAUCAAAUAUGCCAAACAACUCACUCACACUUUCAAUUUACCCUCUGGCAUGAGACCUAUAUCAAAGCUGACAAUCGCCUGACAAAUUAACGAAGAAAAAAUAAAUUCGUCUCAAUUAAUAACAGACACACGCUUUCUCAAAAUUACAGGAAUAGCUGGGAAAUAAAAACACAUAGAUUAUUGUCGCUGCUGUAGGUCAACUAACAUCCCAAAGUUUGAAUUUAGGUGUGGAAAACCUGUGCCAAACGAUAUAUAUUCCUUCUAGUUGAUUUUAUUGAAGCAAGCCAUAUCACCGAGAGAUUAGAAUUUAGGUUAGCGCAUCUUGUUAAACUUGCGGCAAGGUAGAUUUUAUCUCACUUAUUACAAACACCGCAGAUCGAUCUCCAUUGUUUUCUCAUGGAUUGCAGAAUUAAUUGUUAUUUGUGUACCCGUUGAGGAACAAUAUAAUUCGUGAGUGUCGGUGCAAUUGACUGAGAGGCGUACGAGAAUUUGUUGAACUCUUGCACAGGAAUAAAAAUAUGACGCAUAUAUUUAACGAUAUUAUCAGGUUGUGUCCACUAUUCAUUGAUUCUCAGAUUGAUAUUCUCUGCAUUUUGUCACAUAUCAAAUUUGAACAUGUGUAUAAUAAAUUAUGUAAGGAGAGGAUUCGUUGGCGCUGUACUCGUGCAGUUUCAUAUAAAAAAUACAGUGGAACGCAAUUAUCAUUCUCAGCUCUUUCGGUUGUUGUUUUCAUUGUCACAUAGAGAUGUAUAAAUCGAAGAAAAUCACGUCUUCUUUUUUGUAUUCAAUGUGUGACCACAUAUAGUCUGAAAAUAAAAAAUUUUACGUGUUGGCUUCUAAAA